AUGCCGCCAAAAUCACUUAAAGUACUGAAGAAACUUGAGAAACUGACAAAGAAAGAUGGAAAGGUAUUCGAUAAAGAGAUGGCGAGUUACAUGGAACGUAUCGCUGACUUCCAACACUUCGUCGACCGAAUCGACGACUGGUACAAUAAAAAUGAAAAACGAUACCUAAAGUUUAUGUCUCUCUACGGGGAAGAUAUAAUUUCUGAGACUGAAUUUAAACUCGCUUUUCGUAAUUUACGAACUCCUUUUUCUGAGCUGGAGCAGCAUAUCAUUUGCAGAAUGAUAGACCCCACUGCCUCAGGUCGAAUAGAAUACUCAAAAUUGUAUGAGGGUAUCUGGAAGGCCUUGGCUAACAAAUAUGUGGCCGACGAUGAUCCACUUAUUAUGGACUUGGAUCGACCAGAUAAGUGGUUUCUUGCUACCUUCAAGAUUCCUACAUUUGAGCCUCUUGACAUGCAAACUACCUUCGAGGCCCUCGUCAGCCAGGACUACACUGGGUAUAUGCUGAGGGAGCUCAUUCGUACUAAAGUUCCUCAAAUGCCGACGAAAGCCAUUGUUGUAUUUACGGAGGCCAGUAAAUACGCUGAGACAGUGAUUAAAUGCAACCAAAGACUGUCGGAAUUUAAUUUCACUGGUGGUCCAAAAUGCGCACCAACAGAGAUUAAUCUUUACUUUGACUAUACCAUGGGCCGUGUUGACUGUCCAAUGGUCAGCACAGUGGAAUACUUUGGCAGACCGGAAGUACAGAAAGCACAAGCAAAACCAGAACAUGGUUGA